UGGUGGGGGAGCGCUGGGCGGGCGGGCGUGACGCUGCGAGCGAGCGGGCAGCAGCAGCAGCGCUGACGCCGUUCGGGAGCUGUGCAGCGGAUUCGGACGCCCGUCUCGUCUCAGCCAUGGCUGUCAUUCCGCUGGCAUCUUCCGUCUUCGCCGACACCCCCUCUGUGCUCUUCGGGGUGCUUGGCGUGCUGGCCCUGGUGCUGGUGCUGUCGCUCACUGCCUUCGUGUGGGUGUGCUGCCAACGCGCGCCGCCACCGCCGCAGCGCUCCUUCUCCUCGUCCUCCAUGGGCGCUCGCUCCCGCACCCCCUACCGCUUCGUGCACAUGCUCAAGAGCGCCCACAUCUACCCCGAGACGCUGGGCGAGCGCCGCCACCCGCUCGUCACCCUCAAGCCGCCGACGCGGCUGGAGGGUGGCGCCGUCCCGGCGAAGGCGGUCGGCGCUCCGCUCGAGGCGCCGGAACUGGGGACGCUGUCCUUCUCGCUCCGGCGCGACGAAAGGAAGGAAGCGCUUCUCGUCCACGUCCAGGAGGCACGGGGCUUGCCUCCGGCCGACGAUCUGGCCGCCACCGCCGCCGCCACCGACCCAUGCGUAAAGCUGCUGAUCCUCCCCGAGCGGCGCUACAGGGGGCAGACGCGGGUGCUGCGUGGCACUCGGGACCCGGUGUUCGACGAGACGUUCGCCUUCUACGGCCUGAGCGCCGUGCAGAUGGAGGGCUCCGAGAUCACAUUCGCCGUGCUCAGCUUCGGGCGCUUGUCCCGCGAGGAGGUGAUCGGGGAGGUGACCGUGCCGCUGGCAGGCAUCGCCGCGGGGCCCGAGGCGGUCGCCUUCUGUCGCCACAUCGUCCCACGUGGGAUGCAGAAACCUGCCGGGGUUGGAGAGCUUUUGGUCUCUCUGAGUUUCACGCAGGCCGACAGCCGCCUGACCGUGGUCAUCUUGAAGGCCCGGGGUCUCCCCAAGAGGGACACUGGCUCGUCGCUCGGCGCGGCGUGCGUGAAGGUGAGCGCCUUCGCCGGGAGCGAGCGCGUGCUCAAGCGCAAGACCCGCGUGCGCCGGGCCUCCUCCGGAGCCCUCUUCAACGAGUCCUUCGAGGUGGCGCCGGGCGGCGGCGGCGGCGGCGCCACCAGCCUCGAGCUGCUCGUCGUCGUGCACGCGGGAGCCGGCGACGAGGAGGAAGAGGAGGAGGCGGGGGAGGAGGAGGAGGCGGGGGAGGAGGAGGGCGACUCCGACUCCGCCACAGCCGCCGGAGCGGGGCCGUCGCCGCUGGGCCGCGUCGUCCUGGGCGCCGCCGCCGCGUCCCCACGCGCCCGCCAGCACUGGCAGGAGGCGCGCGCCGGCGGGGACGCGGCAGGCCGGCCGCUCGCCCGCUGGCACGCGCUGCAGCCGUGCUAAGCCCCCUCCUCCACGGCCGAGGGGUGGGCGGCGGCUCGCAUCGCUCCGACACGUGGCGAGAUGCGGCGACUCGCGGCGUCGCAUCUCGCCUCGACGCGCUCGGAGUGCACCCCCCGAGCGGAAGAAGCUGUCCCUGCGUGGCACAAGGUGACACGGCAGGUGGCCUUCAGGCGGGCAUUCGUCUGCCAGUAGGGGGGCCACGUCGCUGUGUUUGUGUGUGUGGAGUCUCAUUUGAGUAAUUUGCGGUGUAAUCUUUCGUAUUUUUUAAAUUUGGAGCAUAAUGCCGGUGGCACACGAUGGUGCUACUCUUGCGAAUCAUGUCAGGGGAUCAUUAUCGACUGUAAUCGAAGUAGACGGCGCAUAGCAUUUGUACGGCUUAUACACACGCCGCAGUCGUAACCAAGGCAGCUGCCCCGUUAGAACCACAAACCUCUGCAACAAGCGGCAAACGCGCUACCACUGGGAGCACGUGACCACGUGUUGUACAGCAGCAUGAUGUUCGAAGUUUCGCUGCACGUGCUGGAAGCUGCAGGAGCUCCACGGGCUCUUGAAGAAGCACGCGGCAAAUCUCGACUUAAAGUUUUCGUCACUGAAGCAAUUCAUAUUCUUUGGGUCUUUCGGUGAAGUCACGUAGAUAGGUUCAAAGAAAAUAACAAACAACUGCGACGUUUCGAUCGCAACACAAGCGGUCGUCAUCAGGACAUAUCUACGUGACUUUACCGAAGGACUCAAACCAUAUGAACACCCGGCAAAUGCAGAGAAACGUCGGACAUCACGUUGCAUAACACGCGGCCCAAAAGCACAUCGGAAAUCAACGUAGUAGCGUAAGCUCGCUCUCCUUUUAAAGAUUUACAAGCUGCGGACUAUGCGACGCGUUUCAACGUACGUUUGUCCUCAAAGGUCUUCAAGCGGCAGUCUAAACAGCGGUAAUUUACGCUCCUGUUUGUGUCUCUCAAGUUUUCUUUUUAAAUACAUUUGGCCGGUUUACAAUCGGGCGAGUCAAAUUGUCGCGACACAAACUUCAUACCAACGUUUCGUUCACUUUGGAUCAUCCACACGAAAGUUGUGGUAAUGGAUGGACGGAGCUGAUGCAUUCACACAUUCGACCUUAGUUUGAAAAUGUAAAGCAAAUGGUGAUGGUGGUGGUGGCGAUGAGGAUGAACCAGGGCGAUGGGCAUGCAGUCGGUGCUGGAGCGUGUCACCACGUCUGGCAGUCCCUGCCCUGAAUUUGACGUGGGAAUUAAGAGCACAAAUUGCCACUUUUCUCCAAAAAAUACAACAAAGUUGUAGACCUCUCUUUCUGUAUUCGCUGCGACUGGAUUGAGGUGCCCCAUUAGAAGGCUGGCAGGGUGGUGGCGUGGUGGUAACACUGGCACUUCACAGAAAACAUUAACCUGGGUUCGAUUCCUAACUCGGGUGCUUUCCUGUGCGGCGUUGCUCCGUUCUCGCCUUAUUCUGCGUGGGCUCCAUGUGGGCGCUCUGGUCCCCUCCCGUCGAUAGAGAAAACAAAACCAUUGGAGCUGGCGUUGGCCAAAGCAUCGCCGUGCCGAAAAAGUACCUGCAAGUAUACUCAAUUAGGAUUACACAAAUACAACAUCGCCCCCCACCCCAACCCCCCUACUGUGAAUAAUUUGGCAAGACCUUCCUGACAAGAGUCUUGAGACGCGGCGAGGCUUUCCAGGAUAAGCAAAGCGUAAUAAUGCUUCAUCACUCAUUAAUUGGCCAGAAACGUCUUUAAUAUAGAGAGGACGACAACCGCCAGGCUGCCUUCCAUCUCGCCUGUGGCUCCUCGGUGUUUACGAGAUGCAUGACGACGAUGCCAAAUAAAGACCUUUUGCAACGAGUCAAGUCUGCAAUAACCCCAGGUACUUGUGGUGGGCAUGCAAACAAACAUGCUCUGAUAUAUGUAUGCAUUGUCUUUGAAACGGUUUGGCCUAUACCGGAGCCAGCCUCGUUCCGACAGCCUCGUCUCACCAGUGUCGCACCAGAGAACGCCACGAGGAGAACAGCACAAUGACAAUGCAGCUAGCGGAGCAUUUUGAGCUCAGUCAAACCUAUUCUUAUUUUUAUUCUUGUUUUUCAUAACGCAAACCGCUAGCUCCGCAGCCGUCACAGUUUAUUCCCAUCGCGAUCUUCGCGAGCGGCAAGGUCGCGCCAGAGCAGCAUCUGCUCCCAGGCCCCGUGCUCUCUGACGCUCUCCCACGCAGAGCCGCAAAUAUCAUAUGGGGCAAGUCCCUGGGGCCCGGCGGCGGCAUCCGUUGUCUGGCAGCGCUCCCGGACGCGCGGCGAAACCUCGUGGAGAAAUGCACCCCGGGAAGCCGCGGGCAAAUGAGCACCCCAUUUCUUUUAAUCGGAGUUUGUGUAAAAAAAAGUUCAAUUACGCUCGUAAAUCGGUCAGUUGUGUACAUAUACCUGUAAGUGUUAUGUUGUGCUUGUGCCGUACUGCGAUGUUGGUCCUGCGGAGGUGUUGGACAUGGGUUUGAUGCCUAGUUAAGGCGGUCAAAUUAACCUGGAGUUGUUAAUUUUCGUAAUUGGACUUGCCAAUCAGAAUGUCCACACACCGUUAAAAAUUGAUUUUCGAUCGGCUGCUCACUUGCAGCGGGUUCGAGUACGCGUGUUCCUUGUCUCUUUCACCUACUGCGACUAGCGAGGGUGUCAUGUCGGCAUCCAUUAAUUGACUAAUAUUGAUUCUUAAGCUCACGAUACCCGCACGGAAUCGCAAGUGUGAGAAUCGAUGUUUUUCAAUUGGGUACAUUUUGUAUGCGAUGGCUUCUCGUGACUCCCUGAGCCAACUGACCGGGGGAUGUAUAAUGAUGAGUCAUAGAUUCAUAUAUCUAUACAUGUCGAUUUCUAGCAUCGAGUGGUGUUCGUAAGAAUUGGUUUUGGUUCAUUCAAAAUGUUGUCAAGUUAUUCGCGAGGGAUACGUCCCAGAGACGCUCGUGCUUAGCAAUUGAUUAUAAUAAACAAAGUAAAUAAACAUUAAUGUUAAAAUAUUAAAUUAUAUUUGGUCAUUUAUGUACCUUAUGUUGAAGUUAUGUUGCACGGUACGUUGCCAACUGUGCUAAAAGGAUGAACUCACCUGAUCUCAUUAUUAUAUAUCUCAUCACUUUGCCUCUCUCUCUCUCUCCAUGCAGCCGUGUCGAGAUCCAGAUGUUCUUCACACGUACCCAAAAUCGUGGAUAGCAAGUUGGUGAAUAACGAGGGAAGACUGUAACGGAUGCUGCUACCACAGCGGUGUGACGGUCAGCACGCUCAACUUGGCAAUUCAGAGGUCACUGGGUCGGUUCGAUUUCCCGGCGCGGCAGUUGAAACGAUUGGAAAAUGAGUUCAGAAAUCCCCCGUGCCCCCGUCCACCAAUCCAGCAGUGUAAUUGGGUGAAUACCAGCGGGCCUAACUGGGUGAACACCUCAGUGAGUUGACCAGCGGGCCUGACUGGGUGAACACCGCAGUGAGUUGACCAGCGGGCCUGACUGGGUGAACACCGCAGUGAGUUGACCAGCGGGCCUGACUGGGUGAACACCGCAGUGAGUUGACCAGCGGGCCUAACUGGGUGAACACCGCAGUGAGUUGACCAGUGGGCCUGACUGGGUGAAUACCGCAGUGAGUUGACCAGUGGGCCUGACUGGGUGAAUACCGCAGUGAGUUGACCAGUGGGCCUGACUGGGUGAAUACCGCAGUGAGUUGACCAGUGGGCCUAACUGGGUGAACACCGCAGUGAGUUGACCAGUGGGCCUGACUGGGUGAAUACCGCAGUGAGUUGACCAGCGGGCCUGACUGGGUGAAUACCGCAGUGAGUUGACCAGUGGGCCUGACUGGGUGAAUACCGCAGUGAGUUGACCAGUGGGCCUGACUGGGUGAAUACCGCAGUGAGUUGACCAGUGGGCCUGACUGGGUGAAUACCGCAGUGAGUUGACCAGCGGGCCUAACUGGGUGAACACCGCAGUGAGUUGACCAGCGGGCCUGACUGGGUGAAUACCGCAGUGAGUUGACCAGCGGGCCUAACUGGGUGAACACCGCAGUGAGUUGACCAGCGGGCCUGACUGGGUGAACACCGCAGUGAGUUGACCAGCGGGCCUGACUGGGUGAACACCGCAGUGAGUUGACCAGCGGGCCUGACUGGGUGAAUACCUCAGUGAGUUGACCAGCGGGCCUGACUGGGUGAACACCGCAGUGAGUUGACCAGCGGGCCUGACUGGGUGAACACCGCAGUGAGUUGACCAGCGGGCCGUUUGGAAGAGGUCUGGCUAGCUUCAGCGAGCAAUCGCAGGGUUGCACAUUUUUAUUUUUACCUUCAAUGUUGCCUGGACUGUAUUGGCUUUGCCCGACUCCUAUAGUCACUGGCUGCCAUUGCAUUGUUCAUAAUAUGAAAACAAUAACAAUUGAUUCCUGAAUCGAAUCAAAUUUCUUCAAUGCAUUGGAUCACCUCGAGGUUGGUUGUGGGGUUGUAUUACCACUUCUGCUGACCUUAACCUUUAGAUAUUUUUUUAACCUCUUUACAUCCUUGUUACCUCUCACCUGGCUGCAAUUCUCAAUAUAAAGGUAAUUAUGUUUUGAGCCAUGGCCGAGCAAGAAAAUGUGU